AUGACUGCCACCCCCGAAACGGACCAUAUCCGCAUUUUCGACACCACUUUGCGCGACGGUGAACAAUCGCCCGGCGCCUCAAUGACGCUGGAAGAAAAACUGCAGAUUGCCGAGAUCCUCGACGACAUGGGCGUCGACAUCAUCGAAGCCGGGUUCCCGAUUGCCUCCAACGGCGACUUCGAAGCCGUCGGUGAAAUCGCCAAGCGCUCGAAGAACUCCGUGAUAGCCGGUCUCGCCCGCGCCAUCCACGCCGAUAUCGACCGCUGCGGCGAAGCUGUGAAACACGCCGGCAAGGGCCGGAUCCACACAUUCGUUUCCACCUCGCCGAUCCAUCUGAAAUUCCAGAUGAACAAGACCGAAGAUCAGGUGAUGGAGAUCAUCACCGACACGGUGACCCGCUCGCGCAACCUGAUCGACGAUGUCGAGUGGUCCGCAAUGGAUGCGACCCGCACGCCAAUCGACUAUCUGUGCCGCUGCGUGGAAGCCGCCAUCAAGUGCGGCGCAACAACCAUCAACCUGCCCGAUACGGUCGGUUAUGCAACACCGGAUGAGUACAAGGCCAUGUUCGAGGACAUCCGAGAACGGGUGCCCAACAGUGACCAGGCAAUCUUCUCCGUGCAUUGCCAUGACGAUCUGGGGCUGGCGGUGGCCAACUCGCUGGCCGGUGUCGCCGGCGGGGCACGACAGAUCGAAUGCACGAUCAACGGCCUGGGCGAGCGCGCCGGAAAUGCAGCGCUCGAAGAAAUCGUCAUGGCAAUCCGCACGCGCGGCGAUGUCCUGCAAUAUGCCACCCAGAUCGACCCUCAAUUCAUGGUCCGUGCAUCAAAAAUGGUUGCCGGAGCGUCCGGCUUUGCCGUCCAGUACAACAAGGCGAUCGUCGGCAAGAAUGCCUUUGCCCAUGAGAGCGGCAUUCACCAGGACGGCAUGCUGAAAAAUGCAGAAACAUACGAAAUCAUGCGUCCGGAAGAUGUCGGGGUAAAAGCGACCUCGCUGGUCAUGGGCAAACAUUCAGGUCGCCACGCGUUCCGCGACAAGCUGCGUGAAUUGGGCUUUGAGCUGGGCGACAACGCAUUGCAGGAUGCCUUCCGCCGCUUCAAGGAGCUCGCCGAUCGCAAGAAGCAUGUCUACGACGAGGACAUCGAAGCGCUGGUCGAGGACGAAAUCACCAUCCUGGGCGAAAGCACAAAGGUUAUUGCGUUGACCGUCAUUGCCGGCACCGGUGGUCCGCAGAAGGCAAUCCUGACCAUGGACGUCAACGGCCAGCACAUCACCAAGGAAGCCACCGGUGAUGGACCGGUCGACGCGACGUUCAAUGCGAUCAAGGCCAUUGUGCCGCACGAGGCGACACUGUCGCUCUACCAGGUGCAUGCCGUGACAGAAGGCACAGACGCCCAGGCGGAAGUGUCCGUGCGUCUGGAAGCCGAAGGCCGGAUCGCCACCGGCAAGGGAGCCGACACCGACACCCUGGUGGCAUCGGCGCGUGCCUAUGUCUCGGCCAUGAACAAGCUGGCCCUGCGACAACAGACCGACAAUCCCGGUGCCUUGCAGGCGGUAUGAUAGACAAGAAGAGGCUCUGAGCACCAUGCCCAGAGCCUCAACCCAAGG